AUGGUACUGGAGGAGGAUUAUUUGGUUACGGUGCCGGAGGUGGAGUCGGAUAUGGUGGUGGUUACGGUGCCGGAGGGUGGAGUCGGAUACGGUGAUAGUUACGGUGCCGGAGGUGGAGAUGGAGCUGGGGGAACUGGUGGUGGAGGAGGUUAUGCUGCAGCAGGACCUGGACACGGUGGAGGAGGUUACGCUGAUGCUGGACGUGGACACGGUGGAGGGGGUUAUGCUGCAGCUGGACGUGGACACGGUGGGGGAGGUUAUGCUGCACCUGGACCUGGACACGGUGGCUAUUGA